CUGGCUGUCAUUAAUGUCCACUUCCGGUUAUAUGUCAAUUUUCGUCGCAUAUUAUCAUUUUUUUCUUUUAACGAAACAGUUGAUAGAACAUCAAUUUUCAACUUAUUUCCGAAUUUUUUUUGACAUUGCUUGAAGUUAAAUCUGCACAUUAUCAUGUUGCUGUAGACAAGAAGUAAAAAAUCUAUAAUCUGGAUCCCAGGUCCUAGAUUUGUUGACAUUGGACUAAGUUUGGAAUACCAGUUGUUGUUAUAUUUAACAAGAAUGACAGCUUUUGAAAUAGGUUGUUCUCUUUUUAGAAAUCUUAAGUGAGACAACUGCAAAGAAUUUUAAAAUUCAAAGAACUUUUAAACUUCCUUUGAACAACUAUCCAACAACUUUCACCAUUUGAGAAUUCUGACGUGACUGCCCAAACACUAGCAUGGAGUUUAAAACUAAUUUGUUGAAAAGAAAACUUCUCAGAGAGAUAAAUGAGAAUAUUGGUGCAAGGUUUGUUAGAGAACAGCAAGUGACAAGUACUCUUAUUAAACGUCUUGGUCUCGAGGAUGAACUCGAAGGUCACAUCGGCUGUGUUAAUUGUCUGGAAUGGAAUGAGAAAGGAAGUAUGUUGGCCAGUGGUUCGGACGAUACACAAGUUAUUGUGUGGGACCCUUUUAGGAAGAAGAAACUGACCAGUAUACAGACUGGUCACCAUGGAAACAUAUUCUCAGUAAAGUUUUUACCCAAUUCUAAUGACAACAUAGUGGUUAGUGGUGCUGCAGAUAGCAAGAUUAGAGUACAUGACAUUGAGGGGAAAGAAACAACACAUGUGUUUGCAUGUCAUGCGAGCAGGGUAAAACGUAUAGCCACGGCACCAAAAGUUCCAUUUAUGUUCUGGAGUGCAGCAGAAGAUGGAUGUGUCAUGCAAUUUGAUUUGAGAUGCCCUGAAUUGUGCCAUUCAAACAGUAAGAAUGUUUUGAUCAAUCUAGAUUCACAUGUCGGUGGUCAGGCAGAGUUUAAAUGUAUUGCCAUCAAUCCAGCAAGACCGGAGCUGAUGGCUGUUGGAGCAAAUGAUCCGUACGUCCGCAUGUAUGACAGGAGAAUGUUAACAUGUCAAAGUUUAAAAAUGUCAGAUGAUGGACAUCAAAGAUUUUCUUCUACAGAAGAAUUUCCUCUCCCACGAGGUUGUGUAGAAUAUUAUGUACCAGGUCAUAUACCACAGAAGAAAGAUGAUUAUAGGAAGAAAUUACGCGCUCUCGCAGCUACGUAUGUGACAUUUAGUCCUGAUGGAACUGAAUUACUAACGAACCUUGGCGGGGAACAAAUCUACUUGUUUGAUGUGAAUAAAAAGCGUAGCAUACAAAAAUUUGAUAUAUCCAUGGUUUUAAAUUCCAAUGGCAUUGUCAAAGAGUCAUGUCAUGCUAGUGUGAACGGAUAUAGUACAUAUCGUAAUGGAUCUACGACAAAUGGAGUUGUGACUAAUGGUGUGAGCAAGCAUUUACAUGAUUCCGUCCAGGCUCCACAUCCUAAUGCACAAGGAGACCACGAGAAACCUGUGAAAAAACAUAAAACAGAAAAGAAGCCAUUGCCACCACUAGUGGAGAGUUUGAAAAAGAAAGCAAAUACAUAUUUCGAGAAAGAACAAUACACAAAAGCUAUUAUUCUGUACAACCAGGCGAUUGCAUGUGCCCCACAUGCCUCCAUGCUGUAUGGCAACAGAGCUGCAGCUUUCAUGAAGAGGAAAUGGGAUGGGGACAUGUACGCUGCGUUACGAGAUUGUCACAAUGCCCUUCGUCUUGACCUCAAUCAUCUUAAAGCUCAUUUCAGACUUGCUAAGUGUCUUAAUGAACUGUCAUGGAGUAAAGAGGCAUUUGAGUGUCUUAAUCAUUUUAAAAGUAAGUUUCCAGAUUAUGCAACAUCACGGGCAUGUGAACAGCUGGACAAAGAUAUAAGGGCAGCUAUUUUCUCAAAAACAGAGAGUGAUGAAAGCAGCAAGAACAAGAAAGGUGUGUGUGGGACAGAUUUUUUCCAAAGUAAAUCACAACCAUCGGAACUGGAGCAGAUAUGGAGGGCUGAGGCCAAUGAUUAUGAGGCUAGAUUCUGUGGACAUUGCAACACAACUACGGACAUUAAAGAAGCCAACUUUUUUGGAAGUCAUGGACAAUAUAUAGUAGCAGGAUCUGACGAUGGUUCUUUUUUCAUCUGGGAGAAAUGUACGACAAACAUAGUUCGUGUUUUACGCGGUGACGAGUCGAUAGUGAAUUGUUUACAGCCACACCCCUCUCAUUGUCUCCUAGCAACCAGUGGUAUAGAUCCAGUAGUCAGGUUAUGGAGUCCACAGCCAGAGGAUGGGAAGAAAAAUGAUCGUGAAAUAGAUAAUUCGGACGAUGCAGCUCUUGCCAAUCAAAAACGAAUGAACGCCGACCCUCUUGAGGUGAUGUUAAUGAACAUGGGGUAUAGACUUAGUAGCGUUGAUGAUAGUGACGGGGACAGUGACAGGCGUGGUAGCGAAGCUCAGGUUACGUGUCCGACCAGUUGAAGCCGGCAUGUUAAUGUAUAGGUCAAUAAUUGGUUGAGGUGUGGACAGGAUGGGUAAUGAAUUACCUAGUUUGUGUUGAACAGAAAACAACUGUGUUAUAUAUUGGUGAUAUUUUAUUUUGUGUCGACAUCUUUAAAAGAUGGAAAAUUAACUUUCGUAUACUUAAUAUGGAGUCUAUGUAUAUCUAGAUACAGAAUAUGUCAUAUAUUUACAAGUAUAUAUGCUCUGUGUAACAAAUUAAUUAAUAGAAUAUGUGGUUGAUAUUUGUACACAGAAAUCAUAUGCCGGAUAAAUGCAGUGCUUAAGUGCACUGAUUAGCAUAGUGAAGUUGUGUAUACACAUAAAUCAUGCAUAUAUAUUAUGUAAACACAAGUGAUGACAGCACAGUCAGUGUUUGCAGGCAGUAUUAACUUUUGUGUUAAUUUUCAAAAUUGUACUCCUUUGUUAUACAAGUAACAUACACUUUAAUAAGAUUAACCCAUUUUAUUGUACAUUUCAUAUGAAAAAAAUAUAGUGUGUGAUAAUUUUAUGGUAGUACAAAAGGUGUACAGUAAAACCUUUGUAUAAUGACCACCCUUUCGGGAUACAGAAACAAUGGUUGCAGCUGAGAGUGGUUGCUCUAGAGAGGUGUAUGAAACUGUUGUUACGAUGUUAUAUAGUCUAAUAGGGUCAAAACCAUGUUUCUUCAUAUGACACCAGUACUGGUUGGUUCCAUUAAGUGGGCUCGAAAGUGAUAAAUUUAAGUUGAAAGAACUUGUUUCGCAAUCGAGCUUAAUAAAUAUGUUUAAACCAAGUACCAAUAUUAGAAAUACCAUACAAUAAAUAGACAUGUGUUAUUGUGGUGUACCCAUGGUGUUUCUAUUAUCAAAUUUAGGUAUUAAUCCUCAGUAAAUCAACCUGUUACAAGCACUGUACAGGGAAAUAGUCAUUUACAUUCUUAAAUUGUUUAAAAACAGUUUAAUACCGUAAUAUGUUUUGACAACAAAAGCUUCUCCUAUUAUCAACAUUAGUGAAUGUGUAAAACAACUACAUGUACUCAUUUAUUACCGUUUAAAUGGACUCCAUUGAGUUUUUUUUAAAAUGACAGGAUUGGAAACAUUUUUCUAGAGAUAUGUGUCUUAUUUGAUGAACAUGUAUAUCUGAAUCAAUAAUUUGUUCAAUUGGCUCCCCCCCCCCCCGG